AUGGAUCGUUCACAGGAUCCCCCUCACCACGUUGAGACGUCAUCAAGUGCCUCGGGCAUUGACAACCAACCCCAAGCAGAUGUCAAUCGUAUUACUUGCGACGAUUUUCAAUCUAUUGUGGCUCGAGGUUUUGAGUCGGCACAAGUGCAAGCUCGCUUGGAGGCAUGGGUUCAAGAGCAGGUCCUGAAGUUGAUACCGCAACCAGGCCAGAAUCCCCAACCCAUCAGUCCCAUGAAUCAGCAUGAAGGCCGUCCAGGAUGCGACCAGGAUCACUUUUCAGGCAGGGAAAUGCGUCAAGAAAUGCAAGAGAUGAAGGACCGAAUGAAUGUGAUUUGCAUGACUCUAGAAGAGUUGUCCAGUACUAGUCGCGAUGCCAGACAGAAAGAUGAAGACUUACACCACCAGAUUGCUGCCCUGAAGGAGCAAAAUCGCCAACUGACGGAGAAGGCAAACAGCCUUCGAAAUUCACUAAUAGUCACGGCGAAGCCACAGGUCAUCGAUAGCGAUGUGGUCCAGAAGUUUCUUCUGCUUCGGCAUACCAUCACUGAUAUGGUGAGAAGCACUUUCGAGAAUGAAUUUCAACAAUCUCAUCCAGAUGUUGGUGAACAUGAGUUCUACCAGCCUUUCAGAACUGGGCAACUACCCAUGAAAUAUCUUGUGAAUCGGUUGCGCAGCCAGGUAUUCUUAUCCAUCUAUACUCACAUUCUUUCGAGAUCCUUCUAUGCUGGCGAGACCGGUCGACAAAUGGAAAUUAUUGAACAGGAUUUUUUCAAGAAGGUGCAGAACGGGUACGUUGACUUGAAGAAUUUCGUGGAAUGGAGAUCCGCGUCUAUCAAUUGUACUGAAAAGCUUUGCAAAGACCGCUCGACAGAAUCGAGUCAAGAGAUAUUGGAGACCGACCAGGGAGGAUGUCCGAGAUUUGUCUGCGAACUAGUAGAUAAGGUUUGGCUGGGUUUAUCUCCUCUGAAGAUCAAGAAAGGGUCAAGUAAAGAAAAGGGGAUUAAACUUUUGCUGAAGGCUUGCGAAGAGGCAUAUAAGCUAACCGAGCUUAUGCGCCGGGCUCGCGAUGUUUUCUAUAUUGCCGUGGCAUACGAUAUGAGAUACCAUGAUCACAAAUCUUUACCUCUCGACACAUUGGUGGAGGAGGAAUCCUCUGAGCGUGCAAUCUCGGACAAGCACGAUGGAUGUAUUGCAUAUUGGACCUUCGGUGCUUUGACCAAGAGAACCGAGGAGAACCCCCGGAGCAUCCACGUGGUGGAAAAGGGAUCAGUUGUUGUGUACAGAACUUGAUCACCGGUAGCUGGUUGCCAAGGAAGCAUCCAUCGCGAGGCAACUCAAAC